AUGUCGAGCCAGGAUUCAUCCAAUAGCUCUUCCACUGUGCCCAUCGCGGAGCUUCCGUCGUUGUCAACGGCCCCAACACCACAUUCAAACAACGACGAGCAGGUUGUCUUUCAUCACGGGGCAAAGCGGCCAUGUUUUGGACUGCUCACUGUGCCAGCUGCCCAGGAGGUGCAGGCGGGUGAGGAGGAGGCGGAAGAUGAGGAGGCGGAAGAUGAGGAGGCGGAAGAUGAGGAGGUGGAAGAUGAGGAGGCGGAAGAUGAGGAGGCGGAAGAUAAGGAGGCAGACGCGGAGGAGGUCGGCGAGAAAAAGGCGGGCGAGGAGGAGCCGCAGCUACCAGCCCUCAGGCCCGAAGACAACAGUUCCCCGCUUGACUUAUCACCGCUACCCCUUCAUGCGUCUCCAAUUUCCUCUUCCUCUUUGACCGAGUACGGGGCGGCGGAGGACGCCGCGGCGGACAAGGAGAGGGAAGUGGAAGAGAUGUUGCUCAGGAGCCUUGCCCUCAUGACAGUGACGGAGAAAACUCUCCCGGAAAACGUGCGCGCAGCCGUGUCGGUCCCGAAGUCGGGUGACCCGAGUGGCGUCUAUAAGGGUGGCUUGGAAGUCGGCACCGAGAGCACCGAACGCACCGAGAGCGGUCUCUCGCCUGAUCUCUUUCCGCUUGUGGGAUACGGCACUGAGGAUAGCCUCUUGCCAAAUCAAACUCAGCUCUUGGGAUUUGGAUCCGAGGGCGGCCCCGCGCCUGACCUGUCUCAACUUUUGGGAUACGGCACUGAGGGCAGCCUCUUGCCAAAUCAAGCUCAGCUCCUAGGAGACGGCACCGAGGGCGGCUCCUGGAUUGAUCAAUUUGGGCUCUUGGGAGACAGCACCGAGGGCGGCAAUAGCGAGCAGCGGAAGAAAUGGAACAUAGUGCAGGGAUCCGCCAUCAUAGGCUUCGACUUGCACAUGCAGGCCGAGACGCAGGCAGAGAUGCCGGCUGCGACGCAGUACUGGUGCAGCUUCGUCUUUGACCCGGCAAGCGAUUCUGUGAUUGCCCGCAACCAGGGCAACGGGGAGAUCAGCCUGUACGCGCUCCAUGUAAACACAGAGACACCAGCCGUCCGCCGCGAAUUCUACCGGUCGCUGAAGCCCGACCAUCACACGCGCAUCUCCCCGGGCUACUGGCUUGUUACGGCAGACCACACGACGGACCAGAAUUGCUGGGCCGAGGUGCGACUGCUGCCGCGCAAGUUCAGGUGCAUCUACACGCAGGUCGUGCUCCCGGCCUCCAAGCGCCCCAGGCCGGAUGACGACGACAGUCAGGCCAUCACCGACAUCGGACAGAGCUCUGCAUUGGGUGCCAUGGCCAAGGAAAACCCGAUGCUGAUCCCGCAGACGACGAGGAUACAUGUCUUGUCGCCCGUCUUGUCGCUGGAGGCGAAGGUCGAGGCGAAAAACACGUACACGCUCGACUGUCACCGAUACAUCGUUGGGCCGCACGGCACGAGAAUAAUCUUCCUCGCCACACAUUCUGGGUAUCACGAGUAUGAAGAGCGCGUUGCAGUAAAGCUCAUCAGAGGGAACUCUCCCGACGAUGUCGCGACAUUGGCGAAACGCUGGACGAAGGAGGUUUUGUUUCACACGCUUCUACAUGACCCCUCGAUUGUCAAAUACCUCGGAAGUGACAGUCGCUUCCUUGCCAUCUUCACCGAGUACCUGCCCUACGAUGGCCUUGCAGACACGUCGCCUAACGGGAUGUUCAAAGGGUCCGCAGAAGAUGCAGAAAGAGUGCUCAAGGACAUUUCUUCGGUGCUCGUGUACCUGGAAGCCGAGGGCAUCUUGCACAACGACAUCAAGCCGGGCAACAUCCUCUACGACAAGCAGCGAGGCGCCGUCUUGAUCGACUUUGGGCUGGCCUCCUACGUGGGUGACGGGGAUCUCUCCGGCGGAACAUUGCCGUACGUCCCCCCAGAGGUGGAAGCGAAGCAAGUCCGGGGGCGGGAGGAUACCCGGUCUCGGUGCCCGAAAAGUGAGAUAUACUCGCUCGGGGUGACGAUGCUGUAUCUGCUGAGGAAGACAGAUCUGCCAGACAUGAACCGCAAGAAGUUCGUCUGGAAAAUGUUUUCGGGAUCCCUCAAGUACCAAAAAUGGAAAGCCGAGGUGACCACAAUGGCAGAGAGCAUUCCUGGCAGAAUCGGCAGCAUUGUUCGGCGUAUGCUGGCGGAGUCACCCCAGGACCGAAUAUCAGCUCAGGAGAUUCUCGAUGAGCUGGAACGGAAAUGA